AUGUCAUACUACGAUGUCGAUGCCAUCCUAACAGAUGCCGAAAAAGUCCCGUGCCAAUUCGAGCUCGACGUUCCCUACCUCGGCCACCUCGACAACAACCCGCACGGCCUGAAGCCCGGCACGCCGCUCCUCCUGCCCCUAUGGCUCGCCGAGAUGCUCGCGCUCGCGUCCUCGGGCGGCGAGGACAGCCGCGCUCCGCUCACGCUCAACCUGCCGCCGUGCCUCGCCGACGCCGUCGUCGCCGCGCUCAAGGCCGACCCGCGCGCCGUGGCGCUGCGUGACCAGAGCCCGCACUUCUUCGGCGUCUGCGUCCGCAUGCUCGACCUCUUUGACGAGCGCGAGCUGGGGGCGGUGCUGCGCCGCACCUUUGUCGUGCGCGCCGCCGAUGUCGGCCUGCACGCGCGCAAGGCCGACGAGGGCAUGGUGGCGGGCCUCGGGGAGGAGUUCCUGCGCGGGCUCGACGAGUGGGAGCGUGGCUUGUUUCGAAAGGGCCACGAGGGGAUUAAGGGGGCCAAGGAGUGGUCGGAUAAGGUGAAGAAGACCCUCCACGUUCCCACCAAGGCAAAUCCCAGCAUCAACCAUGCCCAUGCCGCCGAGCAGGGGCAGCCCCGACAAUGCCACCCCCACGACCCCAUGACGCCGCAAGGGCUGAACGGCACGCCACAUCCACCACAGCAGCAGGCCUGCGAUGACAAGAACACCACGCCAAUGACCCUGAGCGCUGCCUUCGGAAUAAUCAGCCCGCACAAGGUGCCAAUCACCCGUGGAAGUGGUCGCAUCAGCCAGCAAGCAGCGGUGUCGGAGAAGCGCCCUGGCCACCGCCAGCGCACACGUCUGCAGCGCCCAGAAGCCCAGCGCCGCGGCGUCCGUGGCGGCGCUCCGCAGCAGCUGCUCCUCGAUGAAGUAGUGCGGCGUGGCUCUGGCCAGCUUCAUGUCCUGGACGGGAUGCCACCACAGAAACUGGCCGACCCAAGGCACGAGCACGCGCCGAACGUGGUUCGCCAGCACCGCCGCGACGACCAGGCCCGCCGCGACGGCAUAGCCAUCCGCUAG